AAUGGCUACAGCAAGAAUUCCAUUUUCAAAUGUUUCUUAAGUGAACAAAGGAGAUAAAUUAUCAGCAACAUUAGGGGAGAAAGUAGAGAAGAGUGGAAAUAUAGAAAAACAGAUUUAACCAACAAACGCAGAAAUCAAUAAUGUUAAAAAUUCAUUAGAGGAGGUUUAAUUUGAGAACAUGGACAAAUAAACACUAAUUCAAUAAUUAAAAUUGCACAAGUUAAUAUUGAAGCAUUGUUUUGAUGAAAAUGAUAUUGUAAAAUUAUUUGAAGGAUUAUUUAUAGUUGAGAGAACGAAUAGCAGUAAUAGAAGCAUAAUUUAGUAAUUUGUAGGAUGAAAUCGAAUUAAGAGAUAAUGUCAUACUAGAAUUAAGUGAGAAGUUGGAAUAAAAAGAAAAAGAAUGA